AUGGCGGAAUAUGUGGUUGUUGGCAUUGAUGGUUUUUGUAUCCUUCUCGCCGUCAUGAUGAUUCUCCGCUACUUGGUCUCAGGGAUCAUUCGAUCUUCUCCAACUCCAGAUGCCAGUAGGGCUCGGAGUGCUAAUUUUGUCCCUCCUACAUCCAGCAACGAGACAAGAUUUGCAAUGUACAAGAUUAUUACCAGCUCUACCGAAAAUGGAUUGAUGCAUGUUCCCAGGGGCCAUCCUCAAGCCCAUAUGUUUUCUGAUCCUAGCAUGGCCAUGGAUAUGAUGAAGACAAACCUUUCACUGAUUUUACAGCAGAACACAAUCGACCUGAGCACUGUCGAUGUUAGCAACCAUUCACCGUCUGUAUCUAGUUACACCACCACACAUGUUCCAGAGGCAAUACUGACAGAGAUUCUAGCGAGGUUACCCUUGAGAAGCAUUUUCAGAUUCAAAUCAGUGUGCAGAACAUGGAAAUCGGCACUGGAAUCUGUGUAUUUUCGCAAUCUCUUUGUGUCUCUGCACCAAAACACCUCUUCCUCUUGGUCGCUACUGUAUCCACGAAGAGAACUCAUUGACUUCCAUGGAUGCCAGACAUGGGGUCUUCCAAAGUCUCUAGGUUCUUAUAUCCAGGAUAUUGAAAUAAGCGGUAGAUUUGGCUAUGUGGCUUCUUCCAACGGAUUGGUUUUGAUGGACGGAUAUGAUGGCAUUUCCUAUGUGGGUAAUCCACUUUUACAACAGUGGGUUGUAAUCCCUUCCCCUCCAUAUCUACUUGUAACUUUGUUGUCUGGUUUGGUGACGCGUGUGGACGAAGAUGGUGUUGUUUUGAGCUUCAAAGUGAUUAGGACUGCUGCAAUGACACCUAGCCAAGAUGGAUCCUCAACUUGUUUGUGUUUUUGUGUGUAUUCGUCUGAGACAGGCAUCUGGACUUGCAAGAAACUCCAUUGCCCCCAUUACUUCACAUGCGUCAGUAAUCCUAUGAAUCUGCAUGGGGUGCUUUAUUUAUCUCCUUCAGGUUUUGAUGUACUUGAUGUGCCCCCCGGAGCACUUAUAGCUCAUGAUUUCUAUGGUGAGUCCAAUCUAUGUCGGGUUAUACCUCUCCCCGAUCAUAAUUUGAAUCACAACCGAGACUUCAAAAGAGCCUUGACUACAUCCACUGGAUUUGUCAUGUAUAUCAAAACAUUAGCUCACAAUGUUUUGAAGGUUUGGAGGUUGUUGAACAACGAUGAUGAUUCAGCCUGGCAACUUGUGUGGGAGAUCUGCCUCCCGAUUAUUUGUAUUGAUGAUGAUAUCAGUUAUUAUGCACCUUUGGCCAUGCAUCCGUUUGAUUGCAAUAUUGUCUAUAUAUGGAGUCAACAGAACCGUUAUGUGGUGUCAUGUAACUUGCAGACGCAAAACUACAACAUCCUCACUGUCCAUUCUGUUAAUGAUGAUUUUCAAAAUUGUUUCGUGAACCAGUCUAUGUGUGAGAAGCACAUGGAUGAUAUUUUUGAACCAUAUUUAGAUGGCCAGUAUGGAGUUCACGUCACUACUUUCCAAUCUGUGCUCCCAAGGUGGAUGGGAUCGAUGCCUUGUCCUUCCCAAGUUGAGAUGGUAGAUACAAUUUCACUACUUUCUUACUUCAAAACUGAGGAGGAGGAAUAG